AAGAAUCUCUGAAAAACAAUCAAGAAGGAGCAGCUAUUUGGUACCACUGUGAUGAUGCGGAGCCAAUUUCUGUGGAUUCCCGCUGCUGUCUGAGGGGAGCCAUGAUUUCAGUCAGCUACAUCCUGCUCUGCGGACAGUUCCUGCUGCUGUUUGCUGCGAUUUUGUUGCAAUGCCUGGAAGGAAUUCAUUCCCAGAACUCGAGCACCGCAGCUUCCACCGCUGCUCCGGCUGCUUCUCCCACACAGGGAGCCUCCUCGCUGCCCUCCAGCGAGCUGCCCGAGACGACAAAGUAUGAAACCCCGGCGGAGAACAACACGGAGCCGUACGAGUACAGGCCCCCGUCCCCGGUCGUCCUCUGCAGCCAUCUGCCUGAGGAGUUCAUCUACUGCCAGGAUCCGGUGGACCAUGCAGGAAACUACAGCGCCUACCAGGAGAUGGGCCACGGCUGCGUUGGGUGGGGGGGGCAGACGAAGAAGGAAGUGAACCACACUCAGGUCAUCUGCACCGCCCUGGACGACAUCGAAUGUGCCGGCCCCCGGGAGUUCCUCCGAGGCGACGUGCCUUGCAUCAAAUACACAGGACACUACUUCAUCACCACGCUGCUGUACUCCUUCUUCCUGGGCUGCUUUGGCGUCGACCGCUUCUGCCUGGGCCACACGGGCACGGCCGUGGGGAAGCUGCUCACCCUGGGAGGCCUGGGAAUCUGGUGGUUCGUGGACCUGAUCUUGCUCAUCACCGGCGGUCUGAUGCCCAGCGACUACAGCAACUGGUGCACCUACUACUGAGGCGGGCGGCGUCAGCCUGCAGGGGGAGAGGAGUGUGUGGGCUCUUUUUGAGGCCUCUGGGGGAUUCUAGUGACCGAGUCCGCAAGAUGAGAGACCAUAUGUUCUCUUGGAGUUGCAGAGGAGCAGCAGUUGCUGUUUUCAUGACUAUUGGUUAAUUAUACCCUCGAUGAGCCAAAAAAAAAAAAAAAAGAUGGUCUGGUCUAUUUUCUUUGUAUUUAAGCUAAUUUAUUUACAACAAAUAUGGACAGAAAUGACUCUUAUUCUACUUCAUAAAUGUUCUGUUUGUAAAUUUCAACCUGAAUUCAGGAUGUAGUUUAGAGCCAUGUGUCCUGAAGUCUGAUGCCUGUAACCAGUUGUAAAAAAAGAAAAAAUCUUUUACCACAAACAUGUUGCUUUUUAUAUAUAUUGUUUUGUUUGUUUUUACUCCCCAGAGCUGUAUCAUUUGAACAGAAAAGCAACAAAUAUUCCUACUGUUGCCAUGACAUUGCUUUUACUCAUUUGACCCUUUUUUAUGUCUUGGACUUAAAAUGAGUAAAUAAAAAGUAGCAGAAGCACCUGUUAAUCAA